AUGUCGCUGCCAUUCCCCGCCGGCGGCAGCCGUUACUUCACCGAGGAUCUCGAGACGGUCACCCCAGUCCUGGAAAUUCCGGUGGAGGACCCGCGGUUCUAUGUUUUCCCUGACACCACGAGAGGGCGCCAGUCACCAUCAGACCAUGUCGAGAACCUGGAGCGAUACCCCGGCAUCACCUCGUCCCUCGUCCCCAAGGACUCCGCGCUGAACCGUUUCUGCAUCCGCCACCCAGACUUCCGCCCGAACGACAUCUUCGUCUCUAGGUCGCCUGCCUCCGGCUACACACACCUCUACGCACUGGGCGACGCUCAGCGAGCCAACGAGGAGUACCUCUACCGUCUCGUCCACUACCACUACGUCACCAGCACGCAGGAGUGCAGCCCGCACCACUACGCUACCUUCACGGACCGCCUAUACGCGCUCCGCGGCCGCCGCGACGAGGUGGGACGCGCUGACGUGCGGGGAUGGCGCGCCGUGUCCCUCGCGUUUGGGGCUGAGGACCUGUGCGAGACGGCGGUGCUGCACAAGGAUGUGAGGGAGACGACCAGGGGCUCUGAGAUCAUACAGUGCUUUACUGGGGCCCCAGAAGGUGGCGGGGUGCCGACUGAGGACUAUGAGGCCGCCGUGGCUUCCCUGAAGAAGUUCAAGGCGCAGAUGCUGAAGGGUGCCUCGGAGCAGGAGCGCGAGGAGAUCAUGGCCCACUGGGCCACUGGACAUGGGACGACAUGA